UUUUCCCAAAUAAAGAAAAUUAAAUCCAUUGUAUCUCUAUAUAACCUCACAAAACUUUUCUCUCAUCCUCUCCUUCUCCAUCCUCUUCUUCCCUUUUUGGUAGCUUAGGCGUUUUAGGGCAUAGAUCUUAAUAGAUCCGGUUAAGGAUGAGCCGCUACGCUGCCUUGGAGGAGAUGAGAGCCGAGCUGCGCCAAGGCCCCGUCUUUUGCCCUAAACCUCGUCGGCUUAGUCAGCUCGCCGGUGUCGCCGCCCUCGAUCGCCACCGUCUCCGGCCCGAUUCCCCUUCUCCCUCCGACCUCCUUGAUCUUUUCCUCUCAAAGGGAGGGGAGCAUAACCAGGUGGGAUCGUCACCGCCGUUCUUUAACGGGUCGCCGCCGACCAGAUCCGCUAACCCGUUAGUGCACGACGCCCGGUUCAGAGAAGAUAAACCGGUUUUCCAGACCGGACCGGUUCACCAAACCGGUUCGCCCUUAUCUCCAACAAGGAAAGGGUGCGGUCCAACCAAGUUUGGGUUCAAACCGGCCCCGGUCCGCAUCGAGGGUUUUGCGUGCCUCGACCGCCGUGACCACCCAACUCGCGGCAUCACUGCCAUGGCAUAAUCCGUAAAUAUUACCACCUCUGAGCCGAUUAAGUUAAGCUAACUACAAAGAUUAGUUGUUAAUGAUCUUCUUAAUGAUCUUUAUGAUGAUGAUGAUGAUUAUCUUGUUUAUGUUUGUGUUUUGUGCUGUUGUUGAGGAAGAGAGGAUGUCACUGUGAAUAUAAUUUUCUGGGGGACUUUUUUGUAAUUAUGUAAGUCCAAUAUGUAGAUAUGUUUUUCUUUGUUUUUUUUUUUUAAACAAAAAUCUUUGUAAUAAUUUUGAGAAAAUGGAAAAAGCUUUGAAAGAAAAAGCUUUUCCAUUUGUAUGUUGGUUUUGAAAUUUAUCUUUUUUUUUUUUUUAAUUUUUUUCAUCCUCA